AUGGCGGUUCGAGGAGGGUUUUGUCUGUACAGGAGAAAGAAGUAUAAAGAAGUGAAAGAGCCAUGGGAAAAGCCAUACGAUCCAUUUCGUUUUUCAUACAAAUCUUUAUAUAAAGCUACAAGAGGGUUUAACAACGAGUGUCGUGUUGGAGAAGUACUCUAUAAAGGAACUCUGCCUAAUCUAGGAGACAUCACGGUGAAGAGGGUAUCACACGAUGCAGAGCAAGGCAUGAAGCAGUUGGUCGCUGAAGUUGCGUAUAUGGGAAGCUUGCAGCACAAGAAUCUUGUUCCUCUGUUAGGGUAUUGCAGGCGGAAAGACGCGGUGCUGCUCGUCUCUAAGUACAUGGAAGGAGGUAGCCUAGAUCAGUACUUGUUCCACAGCGACAAACCGCCUCUUUCGUGGCCUCAGAGAGUCGCGGUUUUGAGAGAUAUUGCGUCUGCGCUCUGUUACUUGCAUGCAGGAGCUAGCCAUGUUGUUUUACACCGAAACAUUAAAGCUUCUAAUGUCAUGUUAGAUGGAGAUCUACAAGGGUUUUUAGGAGAUUUUUGGAUGUCGAGCUUUAGAAACCGUGGAUCUACCUUCACUGCACUUGGAGGAAGCAUAGGUUACAUUGCGUUCGAGCAGAUAUUAACAGGAACUUCAACUAGAACCGAUGUGUAUGCAUUUGGUGCGUUCAUGCUUGAAGUAACAUGUGGGAGGAGACCGUUUGAUCCUGAGAUGCCUGUUGAGAAACGGCAUUUGGUCAAGUGGGUUUGUGAUUGCUGGAGAGAGGGUUCGCUUGUUGAUGCUGUAGAUACAAGAUUGAGUGGUGAAUUCUUACCUGAGGAAGUCGAAAUGGUUCUGAAACUCGGCUUGCUCUGUACAAGCACUGUACCAGAUUCAAGACCAACAAUGGAACAAGUGGUGCGGUACUUAAACAUGCACCAAAGAUUGCCUGAUUUCUCUCCAGAUACUCCCGGAAUUGGAGUACCUACAGUGACCUAA